UUUUAACAUAGUGUAAAGAAAGAAGACACAAUGCAGUUGUGGAAGCUCUUCAUCACUGCAUUAAUGCCCGUACUUAAGUUGCUCCUGCUUACUGCUGUUGGCGCAUUUCUUGCUCUGCACCGCUUUAAUAUACUGAGGAAGAGUGCUAGGAAGCACUUGAAUGUAAUAGUCUACUUUGUCUUCACUCCGGCUCUUGCUUUCAGCAUUCUGACUAAGACUAUAACAUUUAGGAGCCUGAUUAUGGUGUGGUUCAUGCCAUUGAAUGUUCUUCUCACAUAUAUCAUUGGCGCGGCACUAGGAUGGUUGUUUCUGAAAAUAACUAAAGAACCUUCUGAUAUGCAAGGUCUUGUGUUGGGGUGUUGUGCUGCAGGAAAUGUAGGUAAUUUGCUUCUUAUCAUAGUUCCAGCAGUCUGUAAGGAAAGCGGUAGUCCUUUUGGAGCUGUGGAUGUUUGUAAUAAAAAAGGGAUGGCAUAUGCUUCUUUGUCCUUGGCAAUAGGAAACAUCUACCUUUGGACUUUUGCAUACAACAUUAUCCGCAUUUAUUCAGGCAAGAUUUUCAACGUGAACAAAGUUGAUGAUUCCACAGUAGGUCCAGUGUCAGCAAUAGAAACAGAUCUCGAAAGCCAUUCAACUGUACCAGUGGUUACUGCAGAGGAUAUCUCAGAAAACAAUGAUCGCACGACUCAUUUUGGAAGUUACAUUGCCUGGGGAAAAAGUAAAGGUUCUUACAUUUUCCCAUUGUUAUUAUUACAGGCAUCGUUAAGAACAUUAGUAGAUAAACUCAAUCUGAAGGUCAUAUUAUCACCUGCAACUAUUGGAUCGAUUCUUGGUCUAAUAGUUGGUGUAGUUCCUCCAUUCCAAAAGAUGUUUGUUGGCGAUAAUGCUCCUUUAAGCGUGGUUGAAGACUCAGCAUCCAUGCUGGGGGACUCAUCCACUCCAGCAAUGACUUUGUUACUUGGAGCAAAUCUUCUGAAUGGGUUAAAACGGUCAGGAAUGAAGUUUUCACUUCUUGUGGGGAUCGUUGUGAUUAGAUACAUUGCCUUACCAAUUUUAGGCGUGGUCAUUGUAAAAGGUGCAAUCCAUUUUGGCAUUAUCCACCACGAUCCGUUAUACCAGUUUGUUUUAAUGCUUCAAUACGCCCUUCCACCUGCAACAAGCAUAAGUACAAUUACUCAAUUAUUUGGAGCCAGGCAAACAGAAUGCUCGAUUGUUAUGCUAGCAACUUAUGUCUGUGCCUCAUUUUCUCUUACACUAUGGUCCACAUUAUUCAUGUGGCUUGUCCUAUAAAUGUAUUCAUUUUCUUUACCUCAGGAUGUCUUACUGUUAAAGAACAGCAUGUUAUGGGUUACAGAUUAUUCUAGUCAAAUUAGCGUUAUUGCAAGGUAGAAUAAAUUCCUGCUUCAGUUUGUAGCAAAAUACUUCAGUCAUCUGCAAUAUAAUCGUUCCUGACGUUCCUCCUUUU